AUGGCAAAUACUUUUUUUAGUUAUUAUUAUUAAUUUAAUUAAUUUCAUAUCAGAAUGAAACAGAAUUUGGGAUUCUUGAAAAAUAAAACUCAUACUCUAAACUCUUAUAAAGAAAAUCUAAGAUUGAAAACUAAUAAAUUUAAAGGUCUUAAUCAAUCUAACCCAUUAAGUAAUUUUUUUAAAUUGAUAUUCAUAAGAACAAAACUCUUUAUUACAAAAUUCUUAAAAUAACUCUGCAGUAUCUACAGAUGCCAAUAUUUCAAUAGAAUUGUAAUCAUCCACCUUUGGACUUUCAGCUGAAUGGGCCUAGGACUAUUAUCACACAAUCGAAAAUAUAAGACAAAUUAAGGAAUUAAGUACUAGAUAUUAUUAUUUUAUAUUAGUUAAAGAAUUAUAAAUUUUGGGUAUUAAAAGAAUUAAGAUGUAAUUUGAUGAUACUAGUCGUAUCGAAANUCAUCUUAUUUUUCUGAAGCAUCAAAAGGCUCCUUCAAAUCUAUUAAAAGUCUCUCCUCACUUAUAGCUCCUUUAGUAUUAUUUAUUUGAUUCAACUAAUUAAACACCAAAGCUUCUUCAUACACUUAAGGAACAGAAACACUUUAAGAAGGCAAUUUUGAAGGAGGUCCAUCUGGACUUUCUUCUUUAUGAUUAGACUUCUUAUUAAUAGAAACAUUAUUGUUAUCACAUACUAAUUCUGUUUUUGAUAAUAUUACUCAUAUACCCUAAGAUGAGAAUGCCUAAAGCUAUUUAUGGCAGCAAGUACUUCCCAUUAAUUUAACAAUAAAAAUAUGAUUAGAUUUAAAACUUGAUUUAUUAAGAUUAUACAAUCUAUAAUCAUAAUAAAAAUCAUUUAAAAUAAUCAUCUAAUUUUAUAAUUGAUAACUUUGAAUGUCAUUUUCUUCCGAUCUUAUUAUUUUUGGACUGA